AUGACAACACCAGUGAGUGCCUAUGCUCAACGGAUGAUUCGUUUGAGCCAGCGAAUUUUUACUGAAUAUCCAAAAGUUACGUUUUCAAAGAAAAAACAUCAAGAACAACAUGAACAUUUCGUUCGUUUUCUUGAUGACCGUCCACAUACAUCAGGUCCACUUGUUUCAAUGGAUUAUUACCCACGUUAUGGAGAAAUGUAUCAUUUAAUGGAGGGCUUACGUGAAUACGGUCUAUUUAGAAACGAACAUCGCGAUUUUCAAGAAGAAGUUGCUCGAUUGCGUGUACUUCGUGGUAAACAACGCAAAAAUAUUCGUCUUCAAUAUCCAAAACGAAUGCCUGAACUUGCUCCCUGUUGUAAACAAUCAUCGAAAAAAUGA